AUGAAUUUUCCAUGUAAACCGCUGGCGUGUAAAAUCCAAGCUUGCUUAAUCAAGCAUAAUUACGAUGUUAAUCAAUGUACGAAAGAGAUUACUUCACUCAUUGAGUGUUGUAAAAAAUUCCAGCAUAUCAAACAACCAUGCUGUGAAGGUUGGGAUAAUUACGAACAUCAACAUGAUGACAAAAGCGUUUCAUGA